GUUGCGUCCCCUGAAAGCGCCGCGCGAACAGCCCGGAAGGACUCUACGGUCCGCCGGCAGCUGAAACCUCGCGCCCCCAUACGGACACGACAGGAGAGAGCAGCCACCGCCGCCUGCGGGAGCCGGGCUCGCCUGUCUCAAGGGCGGAAGCGAGGAGCCGCAAGGAGACACGCGAUGUAUCUGCGCCUGUGCCAGCCGCCCCGCCUCUCUCCCGCCCCGCCCCGCCCCGCCCCGCCCGUCCGUGCGCGUAUUCAGCGAGGCCUGCGCGCGGCUGGGCCCGCCUCUCUCCGGAAGCGGCCGAUCGAGCGUGCGCAACUGUUGGCGGCGGCUGCCGGCAGGGGGAUGUUGGCCGCGUGCGCGGUGUCCCGAGAGGCACAGCCAGUGUUGCCGCCACCGCCCCGCGGCGACAGAGAUCCGCCGGCCAAGGCCAUGCGCAGGGGGCUGCGGCGGGGCCGCGAGGAGGAGCAGCAGGAUCAGGAGCGGCUCCCGUGGCCGGCGGAGAGCGGGGGCGGCGAUCCGCAGGGGGAGCAGGAGGCCUGGAGGAGCGGCGAACGGCGGCGGCGGCAGCCGCAGGAGCCGAGGGCGCUGGCGGCGGCCGCCAGGGUGGAGGAGGAGGCGGAGGAGGAGCGGAUGGAGCGGGAGCAUUUCCGGAGAAUCAUCAACGCCUUCCGAUACUACGGAACGAAUAUGCAUGAACGCGUGAACAGAACUGAGAGGCAGUUUAAAUCCCUCCCAGCUAACCAGCAGAGUCUUCUUCCUCAAUUCCUUCCUCACCUUGACAAGAUUCGGAAGUGCAUCGAUCAUAAUCAAGAAAUACUACAGACCAUUGUGAAUGACUGCGUUCAUAUGUUUGAAAAUAAAGAAUAUGGAGAAGACGGAGGAGGAAAGAUUACACCUGCUUCAACGUUUGACAUGGAUAAAUUAAAAUCUACUUUGAAGCAAUUUGUCAGAGACUGGAGUGAAGAGGGAAAACCUGAGCGAGAUUCCUGCUACCAGCCAAUAAUUAGUGAAAUUGUAAAGAACUUUCCAAAAGAAAGAUGGGAUUUCUCCAAAGUUAAUAUCCUGGUACCUGGUGCUGGGCUAGGUAGAUUGGCGUGGGAAAUAGCUAUGCUCGGUUAUGCUUGCCAAGGAAAUGAAUGGAGCCUCUUUAUGCUCUUUUCUUCUAACUUUGUACUCAACAGAUGUUCUGAAGUUAACUCAUGUAAGCUUUAUCCCUGGAUUCAUCAGUUUAGCAAUAACAAAAGAUCUGCAGAUCAAAUACGUCCAAUUUAUUUCCCUGAUGUUGAUCCUCACAGUCUACCUUCUGGUUCAAACUUCUCUAUGACGGCAGGGGAUUUUCAAGAAAUUUACUCUGAGUGCAAUACUUGGGACUGCAUAGCAACUUGCUUUUUCAUUGAUACAGCACAUAAUGUUAUUGAUUAUAUUGAUACUAUAUGGAAAAUACUGAAGCCUGGAGGCAUAUGGAUAAAUGUAGGUCCUCUUCUUUACCACUUUGAAAAUUUGGCAAAUGAGCUUUCAAUAGAAUUAAGCUAUGAGGAUAUAAAAAAUGUUAUACUACAGUAUGGAUUCCAUAUAGAGGUGGAGAAAGAAUCUGUACUGUCAACUUACACUGUGAAUGAACUCUCCAUGAUGAAAUACUACUAUGAAUGUGUGUUGUUUGUGGUGAGAAAACCAGAAUAGAAGUGCUUUGAAUAGGUUAGUCAGAAAAAAGUUUUACCUGAAUGCUAGAAUUAAAAAUAAUAUGGACUGAAUGAUGUCUGGACACAACCUCAAAUCAGUGGUGCCUUCCUAUUCCUAAUAAGAUUUAGAUAGUGUCUAUUUUCUUAAUAUUUCUGUUGCUAUCCAGACAUGUACUAUGCCAUACGUAUUUGUACUAUAACUAGUGAAAAUGGAGGACAAAAUGUUUGCAUACACUGUCUUUGUGCUUUGGAAUGCAUUAAGAACAAAAAUGUUUUCUUAGGUAUAAAAAUUGUUUGCCAGAACCAAGCUAAUUUUACAAAUGCUGCCUCAUUUUUCUUGGAUUUAUAGUGAUUUCCUUUGUUCUGCUUUCUGAUGUUAGGAAUGCACAGAGGUUCUUACUGUGCUUGCUGCGUCACGUUUAAAAAGGUAUUUUUAAACAUAUGUUUAAAAUUAGUUAUAAGGUCUGAAAUGAUUGAAAAUUUAUGAAAUGAUUAAAUGAUUUGCUAUUGAAUGGUGGCAACCCAGCAGGGGGGUUGGAACUAAAUGAUCAUCUCAUAGUGUUGAAAUGAAAAUAUGGGAUGCUUUGUAGUUUUAAAACAUACUGAUUUUGAGUCACCUACUUAUCGCUUAAGCCAAAGUGUUAAAAGUAUAAUUAACAAAGUUAUGAUAAACCUUGAACUCAUCUCUUUUUUUAAUGUUAAUGGCAAAACUGAGUUAUCCAUGCCACUUGUAGGUAGUGACAGAGAAAAAUGCCUCUUUCUUGAGGAAUUUAAAAAAUUACAUGUAAAUAAUGUGCUGUAACUUAGUAAUUUCCUUACCUGAGUCAGCAUUGUAGCUUUAGGCACUUUACUACUUAGUGGCUUACUUCUAGUUUCCUUAUCCUAAAUUUUUUUCUGGCUAAUGAGGUUUAGGUGGAUAUUUAAUCUACAAAUCCUAGCCGAAUCUUUAUAGAAGUAAGGCUGAAUCUUCUGUUGCUUAAGUUAUGUAAAUGAAAAAACAUCAAUUGAUAAUUACUGUGCUUAGAGGAGGUAUAAUGGUAGCCAUUUGUUCUCUUAAUGUAUUGGUUAGUUUCAGUACCACCUUUACUGUUAUUCAAAAUACAAGAACCUUGUGGUAAGGAAUUAAGGGUGUUUUCAGGGUCAUAAUGGUGCACUGGACAAUGACUUGUAUAAAUGUUUACUAUUAUUUCCGGUCCCUUUUUCAGGGUGAUGUCAUAAUCUCAUAAUCACAUCUUCUUGAUAUUUCCAUUAUUAACUUCUGGAUUUUUCCUGUUAAGGCUGGACAUUUGUGCCUUCAUUUCUAAAAUGGAAGUUUUAGCACGGAAGAAAAACACAAUUCUGGUUGUUUUUUUGUUUGUUUUUUAAAUAGUUUCAACACUGCGUAUAGGAAAAGAGCGACUGUGGGUGUUUCAGUACUGUGCCCCUUUCUGGUCAGAAUUUUUACUGAGAAUAAAAGGUUCUGGACUACGGAAGCUUUCAGCUUUACGUAAAAUACUCUUAUUUGAACUGCACUGCCAAGAUUUUACUCCCAUUAAUGAAUUGCUGAGGUUCUGCCUUGGUCCAAGAAAGAUUUUUAAAACACCGCUACUGCAAGGGAAUUAAAAUAAAAGCCCUUCCACACCUUCAAGAAAAAAAAAUCUUCAGUUACUUUCACUGUCUUGUUGUACUAGUUACUUUGGUUACUGGAUGGACUUUGUGUUUCUUCACUUUAUUUUUUCCUUAGCUGAAACAAGAUUAGCGUUUUGGUUUCCAGGUUCCCUGAAGUCAAACAGAGUUAGCUGAAUGUCAGUCCUGCCCAGGCUGAGGGCUGCCAUGUUUCCCACCCUACCAGUCGGUGGCUAUACCCAACAUGCCAUGUUUCCUACACAUGGGAAACUGAACUCUUGCAUUCUGGUUGAACAUUGCUAUCCUUUGUUCUCUGGGGUUUGUUCAUUGCCGCCCCACAUCGUCACAAGUGCCAUUUUUAGCACUGGUUAUAGGAAGUGGUUUUACUGACUUUAAUCAUGUAUAUAGUGAUGUGCUUGUAUUUUUCAUUUGGAAAAUGCCGAUUUUCCCCCACGGAUUUCCUUUUAAUGUGUAGCAGCUACAGUAACAGCUGGAAGCAGCACAGCCUUGUGCAUCAGAGGUGUGAGCCAGUGGCGCUGGACCCUCUGCCCUACCUGCCCGGGAUCACCGCUGUGGCCACGCUCCGCCCACUGCACCCAGUGUGAGUGCGCUCCAAGAUCCUGGCGUAACAAAUGCUUCCGUGUAUGGAGUACGUUCGACAAAUGUAAAGCUUCCUGUAUUUUUAUUUAUAUGUAGUGCACACACAGCACAGUCACAAGAUGGGGAUUGGAAGCUUCAUGUCUCUGCGUGAACUUUCUGCUAUUUUUAAUGUGUGUAAUGAACUUGACUUUUCUCAGACAUUAAAGUUUGCAGUACGACA